AUGGAAGCAGCCCGGCGUGACUCAUCAGUGGGAGAUGGCACGGGCCGCGGCGCGAGCACCUCUGGUAUCGCCAUUGCGAACGAAAAUUUAACGAGGGUAGUAAAACAGGAGCGACAAAGGAUGAGCACGGCAGACUAUCAAGUGACCGAACGCACGGCAGAGGCACUGGCUCCGGCGUGCGGCACUGGCAAGGCUCCGUGCAUCAUGAGCGCGUCCACCACG